AAUUUACAGUUCAUCUUCAACAAAAUUAAUUAUUUUAAUAAUGAAUAUCGAUUCAGAUAAUAGUGAACCAGUUAAAAAAAGAACUAAAUCUAAUAAUAUAAAAAAUGAUUCAUUUUGUGUUUUAAAAGACAAAAAUUACAUAGAUAAAAAUUCAGAAUAUCAGGAAAAAGAAGAGUUAACAGAUAAUGAAGAUAAUGAAGAAAGUACAUUAUUAUCAAAUAAAAAUGAUGAUGAUGAUACUUUAUUUCCAUUUCCUCCAGAUUAUGAUGUUACAGAUAUGUUGGAAGGAAUAAAAUAUCAUGGAUUAUUUCCUACAAUUACAGAUCGAUAUUUUACUGCUUAUUAUAAAUUAAAUGUACAAAGUCCUGCAGAUGAUAUUUGUAUUUUAAUACAUAGUAAUCGUAUUUGUAUGCUUACUCUUGCUCCAAGUCAUACUAUUCUUCAAGGUGAUAAAUAUAUAACAAAAGUAAAUUUUAAAGUUAGUAAUAAACUAGAUAGAGUUUUGAAUAAAGUUUCUGGUAAAAGUAAACAUGGUGCUCAACCUUUACAAAUGAAUUCCAAUAUUUGUAUAAUUACUUGUUCAAAUGAAAAAACAUACAUUAUUAAAUGUUGUAUAAUUGGAAAAUUAGUAGAGGUAAAUGAAGCAUUAAUAGAAAAUCCUAAACUUUUAUUGGAACCUCCACAUAAAGGAGGCUACAUAGCUAUAAUAUUGCCAAAUAUAAAACUUUUAGACAAAAUAAAAGAAUCUUUGUUAACUCAGGAACAAUAUAAUUUGAAAAUAUUAGAACAAAAAGUUACUAUGAAUCAUUUGGAAAUAUCAAAAGUAUGUACAACAAAUACUUUAUUGAAUAAUGAUUUAAAAAUUAUAAAUAAGGAAACUCAAACACACUGUAAUAAAGACCAAAUUACUUUAUCUGAAGUAAGUUGAUUUAAUAAUAUAAAAACAUCAUAUUAUAAUUA